AAUAAAAAUAAAAAAACAGAUAUAUUGGAAGAGAGAGAGAGAGAUGGCGACGGGGAGCGGCGGCGGCGGAGGAGCAACGGUGAAGAUAGAAUGGAACUCGAAAGAGAAAAGGUUCGAAACAGAGGACAAGAAAGCAUACCUGGAGUACGAGCUUAGAAACGAGGGAAAGAUAAUGGAUAUAACUCACACCUUCGUUCCGACAUCCAAAAGAGGAUUAGGUUUAGCUUCCCUUCUCUCCGUUGCGGCUUUCAAUCACGCUCAGUCCAAGUCCUUAUCCGUUAUUCCAUCCUGUUCUUACAUCUCUGACACUUUUCUACCCAGGAAUCCAUCUUGGAAGUCUGUGUUGUACUCUCAAGAUCUCAAAUCUAGCAUUUGAGUGAAGCUUACACUUGAUCUGUUGUUGGCAUCGGUUGGUUAGUGUUGUAGAUAAUAAGAUUAUGUUUACUAGUCAUCAUCAUGUUGAAUAAGCCAAUGCCCAUAUUCUAGCAUAUUCAUAAUUUUGCUUACUGAAGAAUAUUGUUUACAAUAAAGUGAAUGCACAUUUGUUUCCUGCA